UCGCAAAACUACUAAAGAAAUAUGUAAUACUAAAUCAACUUACGAGUUAACGUUAACCGCAAAGCUACUAAAGAAAUAUAGAGCUACAACAGAAAAUUGAAAAGGGAAGUGAGAAGGAGAGGUGUGAAGAGAAAUGGUUGUCCGGGAGGCCUUUUAUAGGCAAAAUCUUGAUGAAAACCGCACCUUAGAGAUGCGAUUUUCGUCUGCCAUGCAGGCCCAUGCAGACCCACGUCUGUAACGUCUGCAUGCAUGUCGGAAAUUGAUUGACCAAAACCGCACCUUUAAGGUGCGGUUUGCAUGUUAAAAUCGCAUCCUCACAAUGCAAUUUUGUCUGGCAGAAACAAAUCGCACCCCAGGCAUGCGAUUUUACUAGGUCUGGCUCUAAAUCGCACCUCGGCCAUGCGAUUUUAGUAGGUCAGACCUAAAUCGCAUUUUGGCCAUGCGAUUUUACUAGGUCAGACCAAAAAUCGCUUGGCUAAAGUGCGAUUUGAUUCCAGAUUUUUGGAACGCACUUUUAGGGUGCGAUCUAUUUUUGGAACGCACUUGUAGGGUGCGAUUUAUAUGUAAAACGCAUCUACAAGGUGCGUUCUAUUAAAAAGGGUGCUAUUAGUGGAAUUUUUUUUACAUGGGUGCUAUUUUUGUAAUUUUUUUUUAAAGGUGCUAUUUCUGGAAAAAUCCCUACUUUAGGCGGGUUUUUAAAGGGAGAUAUGGAGUCCGGAUCUGGUGACUGGGGGGAGGGGGGUCUUAGUCACUUGACUAAGUAACCCUCAGCGUUUGGAUUGAUUUAAUGGUUCAGAUAAAUUAAUGAAUUAUUAUUGAAUGAGAAGGGUAGUUUUGGUAUUAUCAGAAAUUCAUUAACUCCUUUUUUUUUGUUUUAUUUAUUAUUAUUUAUUUCUGAAUUUCCUCUUCAGCCGUCUCUCAUUUCCCCUUUCUUGCGUUGUCCAGAGAGAGAGAGAGAGACAUGGCGGAGGAGAACCCAGCGCUGGUGGAGGAGAGAGAUCGCAGCGCCGGUGGAGGAGAGGGAGAAAGAGACAGGCAGCGCCGUCGGUGGAGAGAGAGAUGGCGACGACGACGGUUGAGGAGCGAGAAACACCGCCAGAGACAGAUUCGUCGGAGAACGGCAGCGACGACAACGGUGGAAGAGAGGGGGGCGACGGCGGCGAUGGAGAGAGGAAGGAGACCUCGUCGGCCCCGACGGCGAUGGAGAAAGGGAAAGGCGAUCGCAAUGGAGGCGGCAGGGUUGGAGAGAGAGAAAACAGAUCUGGUCGUCGGGAAAAUAGAGGAGAGAGAGACGAUGGUGGUGGAGAGAGAGAGAGAGUCGACGACGAUGGAGGAGAGAGAAGAGGCACAGUGAUGGAGAGAGUGAGGGGUAGCUACGGUUGUAAAGAGCGUCGGUGGCGGCAGUGGUGGAGAGAGAGUCGGCUCUCGACAUCAUAUUUUGUUGUCUAUUUUGUUGUCUGAAGGAAGAAUAAUGGUUUGUAAUGCAAACGUUGUCAGUUUGUAUCAUUAGUACUUUUGUACAUAAUAUCAGUAUGAUUUGUAUAGUUUGUAUGUUUUGUAUUAUUAAUUUGUUCAUAAAAAAACAUUACCAACAUGGAUAACAAAAAUGACAAAUAUGUUGGACAAAAAUAACAAAGCUUACAAACAUUACAAAACAACUCGACAAACAUUACAAAACAUACUAAAAGUACAAAAUGUCACUACUUUUGAUACAAAUCAGUAAACUUGUAUUACAAAUCAAUGAAUAGAAAGUGUACAAAUCAUAACAUAAAGUAUACAAACUAGACAAACAAACAUUCAAUUACAAUAUAUAGAAAAUAGUCAUAUAAACAAUACAAACUUAAAUGAUAAAAGAUAUAAACAUAAUCGAUUAAAAACUAGGCCGAUAAAAAUUACGAAAUCGUCGCCGCCAACAAAUCUGACAAUGUCAUCAUCUCUCUCCUCCACAACCGCCAUUGCCUCUCUCUCCUCCACGGUCGUUGUCGCUCUCCGUCGUUGUUGCUCGCCGCCGUCGUCGUUGUUCCUCGUCGCCACCGUCGUCUCUCUCUCUCUCUCUCUUCUCCUCUACCGCCGCCGCUCUCUCUCCUCUACGGUCGCCAUUGCCUCUCUCUCUUCUCCUCUACCUCCGCCUCUCUCUCUCUCCCCUAACACAAAACGCUGUUGACCGUCAUCUCUCACUGUCGUCGUCCCUUGCCGCCGUCGUCUAUAUGGAUCCAUCUCCGCGUGCGACAAACAGGUGAGGGAAGGACUCCCUUUUUUUUAAUUACAAAAUUAAAAUGUAUAAUUACUUUGUUAUCCUUCAUUAAAAUGAAUUAAUUGUAGCUUUAAAAUUUUAAUGAACAUGAAAGGCUGGGAUUGACUUAGCCAAGUGACUAAGGGUGAUCUUAACCCGAACACAUAUACAUUCGCGAUUUGAAGAACACCAAGGAUCAUAUUACUGAGUUGACUUGUGGAGAGUGGCAUCCCAAAGCAAGGGAGACGGUCUUAUCAUCAAAUGAUGGAUCUCUGCGAAUAUGGAAUGUGAAUGAUUUCAAAAAUAAGAAGCAGGUUGGUCACUUUUUAGUCUUGAGAGGCUACUUCACAAUCUGCUUAACACCUUGCUUUGUCCAGUAUCAUGUGUGCUUUCAUAUACUUAAAACAUUCAAGAUAUCCUUGUUUUCUGAAUGGAGACUUCCAGGAUUUCCCAUAUAGAGACCCGCAGAUCUAUAUGAGGACUACAUUGUGAGCAAUUAUCCUUCGUUUCAAAGCUACUGAAAUUUACUCAACCUUUUAGUCAAGAUAUAAUAGCUUUUAAUGGGCAACCAAAAGACCCCAAUGGAAGACUACCCAUCUCACUUUAAGGAUUCUAUGGAUUUAUAAUUUUUAUAGUCACGAUAAUCUACUCAAAUGUUACGGAGUCAUAUGUAGUCAGCAUUGUUCUUUAUUUCCAAAAUGAGUGCAUAAAUGACUUGCGAUAUGUUUGAAUCAGUAUUAAACUAAUACAUGUGACUCUAUGCUAAAAGAUAUCUUCACAUUUCCUCUACUUAUAGGUCAUCAAGCCCAAGCUUGCUAGGCCUGGAAGGACUCCAGUGACCACUUGCACUUGGGACCAUGAAGGAAAGUGUAUAGGUGGUGGCGAUGGAAAUGGUUCUAUGCUCUUUCAUCGGGAGUCCGGUUGCAUACGGAUUACCCGAGGGCGGAGUUACAUAGAGUGUAGGGUGGGCCCCGGCCCACCCGGGAUUAGUCUUGGCCCCUAGGACCCUAAAUAUAUUCAGAUAAAAUUUGCAUAAGUAC